AUGAAGCGGCCCGCGAGGGCACAAGGUCGAGCGACGCACCGUUGCUCGGUCUGUGGCUCCACUACGCAUAGGCUGGAGACGUGUGAAGAACCUGGUGCGCAAAAAAUCAGAGAACUCCAGAAGAAGAUCCGAGUCUUGACAGCUGGGCGUCCUAAGAACAAAAUUCUUCGUCAAGAGCACAAGACCCGCAAGAGUGACAAAGUAGAUGGCAAAUAUGCAUCUAAGGCCAUGAAAGCUUACACAGGGAAUAACGGACCUCGAAAACCAAGUCCGGCGGAAGCUCGGAGAACCUUGCAUGGUCGAGUGAAACAGAGCAGUCGCAUGAGUGACCGUGAUGCUGUCGCUUGGCUGCUGGAAAAUGAAUGGAUUAAAAAACCCAAGACUUGUCCGGAAUGCGGAGCGAAGCAUCUCUCUGACCUGGUGUGGCCCGCGGAUCGCACAUGUCACUGGCGAUGUUGCUCUUGUGAGAACAGAUGCCUUCUGUUCGGAAAUUCCAUCUUCAAUGGUUUGCGCUGUGGACCGGCAGGUUUGGUGGAUCUGUUGAAUAGCUACUGUUCGUUGGAUGCGAACAAGUGUCCGAAUGUGGUGGACAUGAUUCAAGACAGUGGCUUUGGCAGAAGCACAGUGGAACAUUUCUUGUCUGCUCUGAGAGCUCUCGAAGCUCUAGCUGGUUCAGAAUUACAAGCAACUAUGCAGUUGAGCGGAAACAUCGAAGUCGAUGGCACGUUCCUCUCCUCCUUUCCCAUCUCAGCCAACAACUCUCACUACUAUGAUCAGAUCUGGAAGAUUAGAGAAAAGGCCCGGACCCAGAAGAAGACGAUUCCAGACAAGUUCGUUGCCCAUGUCAUGGUUCUCGGUGCUCUUCGCCGAGGAGGAACUCAUCUAUUAGCUGCGACCCGUCCGCGAGUCACACCCAAGGGUGAGUAUCUUAGCCGCAUUGAUCCUUCUGCCUGGAAAAAAGAACCAUGCUAUUGGAAUAUGUUACAUUUUAGUCUUAUUGAAAUGUCCUACGUGAAAAACAAAAGUCCUAUCAUGAUCUCCCAAAAUGAUUAA